UAAAUCCAUCAGUCGCAAAGAUGUCUGAAUCAUCGUCACCAUCACGAACAAAGGUCGCCUUGACAGUGCUGUUCCAUUCAAGCUGCGCUGUCUCGGUGACUUUGAUCUCCAAGUCUGCUCUCAAUGGCAUUGAGGCACCUGUUACUCUGCUUGCAUUGCAGACAUUCGUACAAGUGGUGCUCUUGACGCUUGUUGGAAAGCCACUUGGAUGGAUCAAGUUCAGUCGUCCACUUUCUGGGCUAAUACCCUUGAUGCUGGCACGUCUAGUUGGAAUCCUUGCAAAGACCUUCUGCCUUGCUAGCGUCGAUGCCUCCUUAUAUCAGAUUGCACGAGGCCUACUUCUACCAUUCACCUUGCUCCUGUCGCACUUCUUCCUCCACCCGCCGCCAUACAACCCACCUCUUUCUCUUUUCGGAUGCGGCAUGAUUAUGAUGGGCUUCGCCACCGGAAUGAUUACAGACUUGGGCGCCAUGCUCACGAGCAUCAAGGGCCUCCUGCUGGGCGUAGGAUCCAGCUUCACCACUGCUGUCGAAAGCGUCGUAGUCAAGCGCUUCCUCACAAAAGGCGACGAAGGAAUGUGGCAGAUGGUGUGGAUGACAAAUUGCAUGGCUCUGGCCUGCUACUUCCCUCUCUUCAUCAUCUCCGGCGAAUACACAGUCUUCUCUGGUCUCUACAAUAGCGCUAUGGAUCUGGAUGUCGCCAACGCUGCCGUUGCUGCCGAUGCUUCAACUCAGCUCCACGCCUUCUUGUAUACCGCUGCCGCUACAGGUGGUGCAAGUUUCCUCCUGACUCUGGCCACCUUCCUGCAAAUUUCCGUCACCAGCCCGACAACACACAUGAUCGUCACAGCUGCGCGUGGAGUCGCUCAGAGCGCCCUCGCGGUGCUGAUUCUUCGCGAAGCUGUCACUAUGGGCAGAGUCUGGGCUAUGGUCUGCAUCCUGGGUGGUAGUGCAGUGUAUGCCUGGGGCAAAGAUAGAGUCAAGCAACGUGCUGAAAAGACCGAUAACAGAGGCAUGUAUGAGAAGCUGGACGACCUGGAAGCCAGAGAGUCAGAAGAGGAUGUCGAGCUGAGGAAGGUU